CUGAGAGUGUGAGUGUGCUUCCUCACGUCCGUCGUGUCAUGGCAGAACCCCGUCUGUAAAGGAAGGAGGAUCUGUUCAGCUCUGACACACUAACUCUUACACACUAUCACACACAUACAGCAGGCUCUCGUCACUUGUUUUCUGGCUUCCUGGCUCCCCAGCUGCUCCGACCCUGCCCUCCUCUCUUUCCUUCUCUCUUUCUCUGCCCUCCUCAGCCCAUUCCAGCUCUGUGCUCUCCUCCCUGCGGUUGUGAGUGUGUUUUUGGGUGAGCUAUGUGUUGCUCGGUGGGUUUUGCCAGGUCCCUGGGCCUGGCUCUGCUGCCUCUGGCCCUCUGCUGUGUUGUGGCCAACCUGCUGCUGCUGUUUCCUAUGGGACAGAUCACCUACAUGCAGCAGGACCGGCUGGCCAGCUACAUCUGGUACUUUGGUGGACUAGGAGGUGGGGGGCUGCUGAUGCUGAUUCCAGCUGUGGUCUUCAUCACUCUGGGGAAAUGUAGCUGCUGCUGGAAUGAGAGCCUAAUGAUGUGCGGCUCAGUGCUGGCAGCUGUGGUCGGCCUGGUGGGGUCUGGUUAUUGUUUCGUCGUAUCAGGUUUUGCCUUAGUGCAGGGACCCCAGUGUUUCACCUCGUUUGGCUGGUCGUACCCUUUUGCAGAACAGGGGGGCAGGUAUCUGCUGCAGCCAGAGACUUGGUCACGGUGCCUUCAGCCGCUUCAUAUCGUAGAGUGGAACGUCACUCUGCUGUGUGUGUUACUGGGCCUGGCUGUGCUGGAGUUCAUCAUCUGUCUCUUACAGCUGGGAAAUGGUUUAGUCAACGCCGUGUGCCGACCCUGCUGCUAUAAGCAGGAGUACAGUCUUAAUGCUUAGAGAAACAUGUUUGUGUAAGCAUGUAGACCCACCUGCAGAGAUAAUGAAAAACAUACACACACGCUACAUGUAAGCACACAUAAGGACAUUAAUAGACACAUGCACAUGCAGCAGUCUGCAUGGCCUCAUUACACCACCAUGUGGCUGUGUGUGGGUGCAGCGCAGCCUUUCCACUGAAACACACUUGCGCAUACAAUCUCGUGAACAUGUGACAGCCAUGUCAGCUACGUGUAAUCACUGAAUUUUCUCAAGUUACUCACUUAAAGUGGGAAAGUCACUAUGCAGUCAUCAGCACCAGGAUAUGACAAUAUGUGUCCUUUAUAUUCCAUAUGAUGAAGACGUUGUAUGAUACUUUAUUUACUUGGUGGUGAAGGUGGUCAAAGGAAGCUCAGUUGGCUGACAUGUACAGAUAAUAAGAAAGAAAUGGAGCAACCUUGAUCGUGCUAAUUAUUUAAAGUGUACCAGAAAAUACAUGAACUAAAGUAUGGAUUUGCUUCACAACAGUCUGUUACACGUCGUUCCAAGAAUUUCUCAAACUGUUUCGUAUUUUUAAAAUUUCUAUCAUUUGUAUAUUUACAUAAAACCAACUUCUUUGGCAACAUGAUGGACAAAUCUAAAUAAGAUCAGUAUUAUUACAUUACACUGGUACAGUUAAGGUGCCAGCCAAGUAUUGUUUGAUCAUUUGGAAAUGACAUUAGCUCAUGUGGCUAUUUCCUUGGCCUAGGUGAUGAUGUUUUUGCAACAAGCAAUGCACAUUUCUAUGAUUUUAAUUUUUGAAUGUGCCACCUUGUCUACCAUUAAGUGCACUGACAAGUCCUUUCUGUCUAGUUUUAUUUUUGUGCCUCCAACAUUUACACUGCCUUGGAUGCAACACGAACAGAUCGGUGUGUGUGUGUUUGUACAUUUGUUUUCAUUUUCAGAAUGUUUUAUUGUAAAUUGUUUUCUUAAUGUCUUUCAAAUGCUAGUUCAGUGUUAACGGACAUUUUAUAUAUAUUUUAGUGACAUAUUUUUAUAAUGUACCGUUCGUUUGUGCUGCGUUGAAUAAAAACGAACUAUUUCAGUUUCAUA